CGGUCUACUAUCUAUACUUUAAUGUUGUUCAUCUGCAACUGAUUCAAGUAAAUGAAAGUUGCAUACCUUUGCACUGCUUGGGCACAUGUUGAAUUUGGAUGAAUUGGUGAAUAAAUGUGAAGUGUGAUGGAGUGAGAGGAUUAUAUAUUUUGACAUUUAUUAAAAAAAAUCAUUAACUUGAAUAUACUUUUAAUUAUCAUAAUACUAUUAAUUUACUUCUAUAUGAAUAUAAUCCAAUGACAUUACUCCAAUGCCUAUACAAAUCUAAAGAUGUGUGAUGAACCAGAUGCUGAAACUUUGCAAGAAUUGGAAUCAAGACUCUAUAGCCAAAUUUAUCAUUCAACUGCUAAGGAGGAGCCAUUAUGUCCUGUACCAAUAACAGGUUUGAGCAAACCAGCAAGCAGGCCAAGAUAUUAUGAUCCAAAUAAGAAAUCAGUUUAUAGCCCUUACUCAUUUACAAGAAAUGAUAAUAAUGAAGGUGAACAAGCUAUAUUUGAAGGAGAAACACCAUUAAACAAUAUCAUGCCAUGUAAUGCUUAUCCUAUAAUGUUGCCACCAAGCAUUCAAAAAAAUGCUGUCAACAAGAAAAAUGCAGCAAAAAAGGUGCGACAGGCAGAGAAGGCUUUUAUUAGGGCAGCUUCAAAAAAUGCAGAAAUAUUUCGCACAAUGACCCAAGAGCAACGAAAGAAAGUUCUCAAGUAUCAAAAGAAGCAAAAAUACCUUCAAAAACGCAAGCAGAAAAAGAAGCAGCUUGCACAACAAAAAUUGAUUGAUAAAUACAAUGGUAGUAUUUCAAAGGAAUCUGUUAUUUGCAUAUUUACAUCAUCAGAUGAAGGAGGUUGUGAAAUUGUUGAACAGAAGAUUGAUACAAUUGAUUUAGUUUCAGACAAUAAAAAUAUAGUGAAAAUCGAAAAAGAUGUGGAUCUCAAGAGUAAUUUGCAAGUUGCUUUGCAGAAUGAACACAUUGAAGGUGACUCUGAUGAUGAUGAUGUGAUUUUUGUAGAAGACAAAAAGCCUGAGACUGUUGUAAUUGAUUUGGAGCCUUCUGAUACAGAUAUGAUGAAGCCCCCACAGCCAAAUUUGUCUCUUAUUGGAACACCUGAAUCGACUAUGGACUUCUUAGAUAAUCUAAGUGAGACAAACCAGGGCAAGUUUAACCAGUCAAUUGUAGAUGGUAUUGAUUUAAACACACCUACUAAAGGACCAAUUGGUACAGUUUCUUCUGUUGUGGAUAAUUGCGGAAGCGAGAGCAGUUGCAGCGCAAUUGACAUUACAGCAUCGUUGCAGAAGAAUAGCUUCAAAGAUAUUACUAUGGAGAGCAACCUGUUCUCUGAACACAAUCUGGAAUCGUUUGCGAAUUUUAUUACCCCCAAAAGGAAUUCCACUGUUAAAGCCAAGAAAUCCUCGGUGACUAAACUAGAUUUCAACGAGACAUUAUCUCAAUCGCCCUGCAAAACUGCAUCAGACACGAGUUCCGAAAGUGAAUACAAUGAUAGCAAGGUGGCUAUUCUGGAAAGCAACAAACGGAAAUUACCAGAUUUAUCUUAUUUCGAGGAUAGUAAUGACGACGUAGUUCUAGUUAAUUCAAAAGACGGCAAAGAAGAACCAAGUACCGUAAAUAGUAAUAAUAACAAUAAUGUUCGAGAGUCACCUGGCAGGAUCAAAAAGAGGAAGAAAUCUGAGAGCAGUGAUAUUAUUUUGAAUGCAUUCACUGUUGAAGAUCUAGGAUUGAAUAAAAACAAUAGUGUCAAAGAAAGAAAAUCAUGUGAAUUACAUGCAAGGCACAAAGGGAAUAUUUUGGAAAAUUUAAAUAACGUUUGGACAAAUAAUUUCAAUAUGGAUCACGAACUUAAUGUUAUGUCUGACAACUCGACCAACUGGAGAAUAAUUCAUGCGGACCGUCUACGGAUUAAAAGAAAGAGAUCAUUUGGACCAAGGUGUGAUAGAUGUGGUGAUAAUGGACAUGAUAAGUUUAGAUGUCCCAAUAGAUUGGGUAAAGCCCGUUGUUCUUUGUGCGCCAGCUGUAACCACUUUGAGCCAAGAUGUCCAUACAAGUUAUGUUCAGGGUGUGGAAAUAGCUCUCAUUUCGAAACUAAUUUUUGUUCUAAAUGUGCAAAUUAUAAGCACCACAUUUGCCGAAUAUGCCAAAUGAAAGGUCACAAAGAACAAAUGUGUCCAGAUACUUGGAGACGUUACCAUUUGACGACGGAAGAUGGACCGCCAGUUAAAUGCAAAAAUAUUUUGACUAGGGAACCAAAGGAUCGUUGGUGCUCGGGUUGUGGCAAUUCAGGACAUUACGAGUUCGACUGUGGAUGGAAUCGAUCCAUGUCUAAAAACGUGCCGUUCAUCAUGAACUACAAGGAUAUAUACAGGUCGACAAAGUCUACGAAAAAGUCGCCCAUAUCAAAGGAGAGACAGGAGAAGGAACAGCCACACAUAACUAGUACUCCAGUAACUAUUACCUCAACCAGUGAUGCAACCAACACUCAGGAAUACGAUACUCCUCUAAAUAAAAUGAAGACUGAUGGAAAUUCUUCUUUAACUUUAGUACUUAAUCCGUUUUCUGCAGUGCAGCAAAACUGUACUAAAUUUAUUAAGCUGCUGCAUUCGACGAGCAUGCAUUUUGCUUCCAAUGAUGGGAAAGCGUACAUUAAAUCCUUAGAAAGAGAUUUGGAAGUGAGCAUUAGUCUGGUGACUCAGGGUAUAUGUUCUAUUCAAAUUGCUGGCGAAAGACCAAAAGUGAAUGAUGCCGCCAUUAGAAUUAAUGAUUACAUUGUUAAUCCUAUAGGCGAGAAAAAUCAAGAGGACAUUGUUCUUGCAAAUAAGUUAUUAACAUAUAUGCAGUGGACCAGGCGCAUAGAGGAUCUUAAACAAUUACUAAACAAAGUGUUCAGCCAGGAAUCAACUGCGGACGAUGUCAUCUUAUUAAAUGCGAUUUUAUUCGGGACGUUAUUUCCUAAUGAGAAUAUCCGGACCCAACAAUUGCGCACUUUGAAGCAGUACGAGGACCGAUUCCAGAAGUCUUACAUAAUGAACCACGAUGAGCGGGUGCAGCUGACAAUAACUAUGGUAAACUUUUUCUACAAGAAAUUGACGUAUGACGAGUAUUCGCAGAUUCUAAUGAACAGUUUUGAAACUGUCUCGGAGUGUCUAUAUUUAUCACUGAGAGUUGGUACAUACUUGAACAGCCCAGAAUGCACGUUCUUCAAGAAGUAUCCAUUGGUGAAUGCCAAAAUUCAUUUUUCAAACGUUGGUCCCGAGAAGUGCGCUUUCGCCAUAAUAAUUGGACCGCUGUCCGCUGUAACCGAAUUAAAAAAUUCUAUGGAAGAGUUCUUAAACAUAGCGACGGUAUUUCCGGGCACAGAUCAAAAAAUAAAAAAUAAACUUACAGAGUUCUUCUCAGAUGUGGUGACAGAUUGCUUGAAGAUUGACUGUGGACAACUGUACCAAGAAAUACAAAAGUUGGAGCAAAGGAAGACUGGUAAGAGGGGCAAACAUAAAUUGUCGUUGAUCUUCCGGAAGUUCCAUUGCGUGCUAUUCAUGCUUUACAAAUGCAAAGAGGGAGAGGAAUACGUGAAAAUCUUAACUGACCGUAAUGGUGAUUUAAAUAAUAGAGAUGGUAGAACGCCACAGAAUAUCCUUUAUAAAGUAUGCGAAGCCUACCAUUUUGUCAACGGUACGAGUAGGAAGGAUAUUAAUUACUCUGCUAUUCUGAACAGUAUCAGAGAGGAUGAGCAAAAGGUUAAACCUUUGGAAUACAUGCUUAUCAGGGACCGAAUGGCGGAGCUCCUCAAGAUAUGUAACGAAAAGAAGUUCGAGUUUGAAAGUAGGCUGCUUUCGGCGCUGAUGAGUUUCCUCCAAUCCGUUCCUUACGCGAGCCCUCCGCCCCAUAGAGUCGCACUAGUGCUAAAGCAGAUCGAGAAUUAUGUUAAUGCGUCAACAUAACACUUGAUUAUAUAUUAUGCCUGUAUUUUGUUAAUAAAAUAAACCUUUAAGUUAUUUAUACAAUUGUAAAUCGAAAUUAUUACCUUUAUUUUUUUGAUCGAAAGUGUUUUGUUAAUUUAGUCUUACCAAGGAAUCGCAGUCAGGAUAGUAGGGUUAUUAUGAAAUUAAAUAACCAUUGGCGCGAGAAUUUGGUGUGAAUUAUUGAAAAUUAAUUAUAGUGCCUCCCCAAUUUCAACCUUUUUUUUGUAAAUGGAUUUUUGUACGAAU